AAGAAAACUUUGCUAUUGAUCCUUUUACACCUUAGCAGAAUGAGCAUCCUGAACAGUUUCGUUGACAAGUUUGUGUCGGUGAUCACUUUGGACGGCCGUGUCAUAGUGGGCACCGCAAGAGGAAUCGAUACCACUGGAAAUAUUAUAUUAGAAAAGUGCCACGAACGCGUCUUUUCACCGGAAGGCACAGAAGUUGUUCCCCUCGGUCUUUAUGUCAUACGAGGUGAUAGCGUAGGAAUCAUUGGCCAGAUCGAUACAGAUGCAGAGGCAGAAAUGAACGUUGAAGAGUUACGUGCUGAACCUUUGAGUGCUACUAUACUCUAAUGUUACUCUUGGCUUGGUAAAUUUGUUCUUAAACGAACCACAAAUUGUAGGCGAUGGAUCGAUUCUUCUAAGCAGCACCAUAUAGAUCUCGUUUUCAUAACUCUCCC